UCCGCCGCUCUGUUGCAUGUCGGCGCAGUUAUGGAGUAACACCCACCGCAGCACAGGAAAAAAAACACACCCGUCUCUAGGAUGUUGCGCUGACCGAUUUGUGUUUUUUUCCCCCCCUAACACUCGAGUAGCGACACGGUGUGUUUUAAAUGCUCAUUUGUUUGCAGGGCGUUUCAUGACGAUGACGGGGUUUUGGUUCGCUCCGCCGGUGCUGCCGUGUGUGUAGCCGGAGGUUUAUUUAUUUCUUAAUUUAUUAUUACUAUUACUAGGGGGAUUAAAGCGGGUGGUGCCGUGUGCUCGGAGUGACUACAUAAUAUAUCAAUAUUUAUUUGUUUAUGUAUCUGAUGUCGGUGCGUUUCGAUGGCUCUACGUGACGCGCGGGUUCAGUCGAGAGCGGGUGUGUGUGUGUGUAGAUGAUCAGAGAGAGACAGAGACCCACACACUGUGUGUAUAUGAGUGUGUUUGAGUGUGUGUGUGUGUCCUUCGAGGUGCUGCUACGCCCCUGACUCCAUCAUAAGCUCAUCAGCCCUGUAGGUGUGUGUGUGUGUGUGUGAGCGGAGAGAUUUAUUCGGCCCUCCUCCACCACCACCAUGGGGAACACCACCUCGUGCUGCGUGUCCUCGAGCCCCAAACUGCGGAGAAACGCCCAUUCCCGCCUGGAGCCGUACAGACCGGAAGCGGAGCUGAGUCGCGAGGACACGGGCUGCAACCUGCAGCACAUCAGCGACCGCGAGAACAUCGACGAGCUGAACAUGGAGUACAACCCGUCAGAUCACCCACGUGCCAGCACGAUUUUCCUCAGCAAGUCUCAGACAGACGUUGUUCCCUCCAGCAAGAAAGUUCGGGAAAAAAGGAAAAGCAUGUACGUGAACCAUCAACACCCAUCUGGUCCAAUGAGACGCAAGUACAGCUCGUGCUCGACCAUCUUCCUGGAUGACAGCACGGUCAGCCAACCUAACCUCAAAUACACCAUCAAAUGUGUCGCACUUGCCAUCUACUACCACAUAAAGAACAGAGACGUAGAUGGUCGAACGCUGUUAGACAUAUUCGACGAAAAGCUUCAUCCGCUGUCGAAGUCAGAGGUCCCGGCGGAUUAUGAUAAACAUGACCCGGAGCAGAAGCAGAUCUACCGGUUCGUCCGGACGCUCUUCAGCGCCGCUCAGCUCACGGCCGAGUGCGCCAUCGUCACACUGGUAUAUUUGGAGAGGUUGUUAACAUAUGCCGAGAUUGAUAUCUGUCCUGCUAACUGGAAGAGGAUCGUCCUGGGAGCCAUAUUGUUGGCGUCUAAGGUGUGGGACGAUCAGGCCGUGUGGAACGUGGACUACUGUCAGAUUCUCAAAGACAUCACCGUAGAGGACAUGAACGAGUUGGAGAGACAGUUCCUGGAGCUGCUGCAGUUUAACAUCAAUGUGCCGUCGAGCGUUUAUGCGAAGUACUACUUCGACCUGCGCUCGCUGUCCGAGGCCAACAACCUGAACUUCCCUCUGGAGCCUCUGAGCAGAGAGAAGGCCCAGAAACUAGAGGCGAUCUCCAGGCUUUGCGAUGACAAGUAUAAAGACUUGAGAAAAGCAGCCAAGAAGCGGUCAGUGAGUGCGGACAAUCUCACAGUGGUGCGGUGGUCUCCCGCUAUCAUCUCUUAACAGCAGUUUGGGGACGCUGCGGGACGAUCCGGCGAGAGAAACAGAGAGACACUGUCUACAGAAUAUGUCCUCUUCCUUAAUCUGCUCUAGACAAAAACCUGGCAGAUUUUUACCUUCCACAUGUGUCUUUGUUGUUCUGAUGGCUGCUGUAAAUACAGGAGAACGGGACAGGACUCUUAAAAAAAAAAAAAAAAAACCUGCUAGAAGGAGGAAUGAAAGAGAGCAGCAGAUUGAUUGGAGUGUGUGAGGAUUGUCUCAUAUGAGGAGGAAAAGCAUUCCAGCGACUCUGUGUGUCUUAAACGAUUGUCGUUUUUCAACCAUCUUCUGCUUAUUCUGUACAGGUUAAUUUUUUAAUUUUUUUUUUAUUUGACGGUUCAUUUCUGCUACGUCCCCUCUGAAGUACAGGGGCAUGUCUGACCAGAACAAAAUCAAUAAUCAGCCCAAAAUACGCCACUCGGAACAUCCUCAGCUCACGGUGUGAAAGUUGGUCUUAAACGAUCAGUUUAUGCUUUCAAGUCAAGCAGGUGUCAGGAACCUGUGGAACCUUGUGAGUGAAACAUCACAAUUAGUCCCAGCCUCACACUCUGUCUUUUCCCUGUCGCUAUGGUGACACCAUAUAAGGUACAUCUUUAACUAAGUCUUGGAGCUUCAUAGUUUCUAUGAUGUACCUAAAAAUUUUUUUUUUUUUAAAUAAAGAUGCACCAUAUUCAAGUUUCCAGUUGGAAGGUUACAAAAGAUGGACCAUUAACGGUAACAACCGAAAACUAUAGUUUAUAUUUUUUCCUUGGCCGGGGUUAUAUAGGGAUUAAACACUUUUCCAGUCACAAGCUUCAUUACCCUUAAAGUUAUUAUCGGAUCAUUUAUUCAACAACCUUAUGAACAUAGAGACUCAACGAGGUUAUAGAACGAAAUGAAUUGAAAACGGUUCACGGCAUUAAACUUUUUAUUUCAAAGUAUUUUUUUUUCCGUAAGUGCAAAACACAUUAACAAACUAAAAGCAAAACGACAACAAGAAGCAACAAAACAGCAAAAAAUAAAUAAAUGGAAAAGACCACAGAAAAUAAAAUAAAAAAUGCAACAGAAAAAGAAUUGUGUAAGACCAAAAUGUGCCACAACUCUAAACAAACUAACAGUAAGUUUAGAAAACACAUUCAGAAAUAGUCCAAAAAACAGAACAAGAAAAACUAUUUAAAAAACCAGCUGAUAAAACCAAACAGACAAAGAAAACAGGACAAAAUAAUAUGCAACAGGACGAAAAAUUUAACUUAAAAUUAUACUGCAAAUCCAGAACAACUUAUCAGUAAACAGCAAAAAAAAAAUAAUGCCUUUUUUUUUUCCCUCCAGUUUUGCUUUUAUGGUCUCUGUUUUUUUAAAUACAUAUAUCGGUACCCUGGAAAGCCAAGUAAAUAAAAGCAAAAAGAUUUUUUAUACCAUACAUAACUUUAUAUUAAAUAGUUUUUCACCCAACGUAAUAAAUAGACAGAGAACUUUUCAUUCUUUUCCUUGUGAUAGUCGUACAUCAGGUCCACGCUUUUCAUUUUUCCUCCAUGCCGGUUCGGUUCUGAAUUUGCCGUUGCUUCUUUAGUUUCUAAAUGUGGUUUGCGCUUACGUGUCACUGCACAAAUCGACUUUUAAUUUUAUAGUAUUUAUUUUAGUAACAUGAUAAAGCAAAACUGUAAAGAAACCGACGAACCCAGUGAUUCUUCAGCAAAAAAAAAUAAAUCAGCUGAUUGAUUAUAGGCAGUGCUAAUGUUGUUAUACGGAGCAAAGUCAGUGAAUAAAGUUGGAUAGCAAGUGAGUGAUGAGCCAGGUUAAGAAAAUACACAUUAAUGCACACAAAUUUUUUUGCGCAGUGAUUAAUUGCUGGAAAUUUCCUAAUCGUUACUGAUGUCCUGUUCCAGCACUAAUCACCACCUUACCUACUGGUCCCAUCGUGUUUAGGAUGAUGUAAUCGCAUUUUUUUUUUUACAUUUUAUUUUAUAAUUUGGGCGAAUCGGUAAGGAACAUCCUAAAUCUUCUGAAAUUAGAAAUGUAAAUUCUAUCUUCUAUAUAAAAUAAGGAAUUUCAAGAUCAGAUGAUUUGAAGUGGAUUCCAGUUCACACUCUAAACGUGCUGCUUGUUCCCGAGACAAAACGGAUUGGUGUUAAGGCAGGAACACGACAAGGGAGGUUUGGACACCAUCCAGGUCCUCAUUCCAGGUGUCCUUGCGUUUCUUCCCUCCAUUAACGCCACAUGAUGAUGAUGAUAAUUUCAAAAAAGCCACAGAGGAAGUACGUCAUGUUGGAAGGUGGAUAUGUAGCGAUCUGGUUCUCUCUGUAGAACCCGGUGAUCUGAUGACUGAAGAAAGGGAGGGACAGAUUUCUUUUCUCUUCAAGGAGACAUUCCAUUUCAGUAUAAGUAAAAAGAAAUUGCACAACUUGGCACGUACAUUUUUAUGGGCUGAAUAAAGGAUAACGUUGACCUCAUUUCAGAUUCAAACACCAAGCAAUACACAGAUUACAGAGAAAUGGACGCUUCUCCUUCAACAGACCUUUCAUAUUACAGUGUGUUAUAUAUAUUGUUUAAUUCGCUUUGUUCAUGAAUGAAGGUUGCUAAUUUUUUUUUCUAUUAAAUUGGUUUGAUGUUCAAGAGUU